AUGUCACGGCAACGCGACUACAUAGGCUCUGACAAAGGCGACGACGCCGAAACGUUAGCCGUAAUAAAGUUUGUUAACAAUCUCGGCUGUUGCUUAGAUUGGACUGCCGACAAGUUGCAAUCUCUAUGCCAAGAUUCAAGAAAAGUCGAACUUUUCUGGAAGAUGUGGUAUACAACGAAAUUUGAGAUUGAAAAAGGCUUCAUUCAAGCUGUGAUACGUUCGCAUCCGUCGUAUCCUGGAUAUUUCGUUGAGUUCCACUCCCUCAUGAUGGUGCACACUGUUCACCAGCCGAGGAUGAAAGUGUUUACAGUGGGCUUAGAUGAUAAGGAGAAGGCACAAAAAUCGGAUUUGGAGAAGGCAGAACCACCUAAGGUACCUCUAGGCACACCACCGGCGAUGCCGGUACCGGCACCGAUUAUCGUACCAAGAGCGCCACCACCUAAGAGGUGGGGAUGUGGAGUUCUAUCCUGGAUUGUUGCUGCAUUCUUUAUCGUGCUGCUUUGUCUUACAAUUUCGGAGAUCACCUACAAUAGACAAAGGGAUCAAGCAUUUUUACGACUGAAAUGGGCUGAACUACGCCAACGUAUGCUUGGUUUUGAAUUACUGUCGCAGGCGCAACAACAAAUUCAACAACCACAGCCACAAAUUCAACAGCCUAUCAAUGAACUGCCCGCAUUCCCUAGACGACAAGAUAGCUUAGUCGAAGAUUCGGCGUCUUCAACAACAACCACAACAACAACCGCCCCAGCUAAUGAAGAAACACCACUGGAAGUAAACAAUGAAGUGUCAACCAAGUUCGAUCUUCUUCGCAUGCUUUUGUCGAAAAUGCGUGAGAACGCUGAAGAGAUGGGUUUGAACGGUGAUAUGCAAGUUCAUGUGAUUGAGGUGAAACCAAUUCAGGGAAAUCAGAUGUCUCAACAAGCGAUUGAUGACGCUUUCGGAGAAGUUGCUAUGCCACGACAAAUUUUUGGCCCGUUCCAUAAUCCUGAAGUUAACAAUGAAAUGGGAAAUCGCGGUGAUCUCGGAUGGCAAUUCGAUCGUGACAGUAUCCGUCCAUCACCGUGGAUAAGACCAGCGGACAGAUUCAAUCGUUGGGACGGACCACAAUUCGUGGAUGAUAAUCAGGUAUUCGGACCGAUUUGGGAUGCUCCUGAAGAGGAACCACAAAUGAGGAUCACUCAUCAUUUCGAGAAGGACAGCCAUACCCCAGAACGAGUAGUUACGGAGGUAUUCGGUAACAAUCCGGAGAUUAUUGGACAUAUCCUUGGAGAAAAGAACGCUCAAGCACAGCUACAGUUCCAGCAGCAGCAGCAGCAACAGCCGCAACCAGACAUGUUCAUGCCACCGCCGCAGCCACAACCUCAACCAUGGUAUCAUCCGGCUCAACCAUGGGUCCCACCACCACCGUUCCAUCAGUUCGCUCAACCUCAACCAUGGGCUCAACCACAACCUCAGCCUCAACCUCAACCUCAUUUCUGGGAACCACGACUUGAUCAACCUGUACCUCCACAGCCGAUGGUGUUGUUCAUUAAUCAACCACCACAACCACAAAAUCAAUUCCAUUUGCCAUCUCCACCACUUCCACCAUUCCAUCCAUCGAUCGGACAACAAAAUCAGUUCCCAUUCCCCGUUCAGAACCAGGCUCCAAUUUUCCCACAACCAUUCGGUUUUGAUGCCAACAACAAUCUGAAUAAUAAUUUCCACGACAACAACAACGUGAAUCCGAAGCCAUGGUACAUGAGCGGAGAUGAUCAGAAUUGGCAGCAAACUUGGGAAAAUACGCCUGUUAAGUUCGACACCCCAUUCAAUCCACAUCCUGCCGCUGCUGCACCAUGGGUGGAUAACACAGCAGCAGUUGUUGAGCCACAUCCGGCACCAGUACCGGUUGUACCGCAACCUGUUGUUCUCCCCGAUCCACACACGGGACACGAUAGUGAUGGUAUUGAUGGAUUCCCCAGAGAGGAGAAAUUCAAUGUGCCGGUCGAUAUUGCCGUUGAGGCACAUCCGAAAGUCAUUGAGAACGCUGUUCUAACACCUGAUCAUCCAAUUGAUUCGUCGGCGGUGAAUUCCUGGCAACAUGCUCAACCUGAGGCCGCUGAGGAACAAAUGCCUGCUUCUGUCCCUGUUGUCUCGGAUCCAAACGUUGGACCUGCUGAAGAUAAAGAUUUCCUCCCAUUGAGAGACAAUGAGGAGAUAAUCCCACGUCCACUUGAAGAGACCGAAAAGGCUGUUGUUGUGCAGGAUGACUUCCCAAAGAAAGUCGACAAUCCAUUCUUCCAGGUGGACGAUCCGAAUAGUGUGAAUAAUUUCCGUGUAUAA